AUGCUGCUUGGAUCUUCACUCGCAUGUCUUCCGAAUCUUUUGGGCGGCGGCGGAGGAGGAGGAGGAAGUGGCUGCUGUCCUCCCGGUCCCUCUUGUCAUCAGGCUAGUCAGUGGUGAGUUGGCAGUGAGGAAACGAGUAGGGCAGUUCAACCGGAAUCCUGAAAGAUUCUUAGAAAAGUUGGUCAAUCGGAACAAGACCUACGUCGAUCGAAAGAUCUCAACGAGAGGAUUCCAAACUCCGUCUUCAAUUCUCCUGCCGACUUCUGAAACUUGAAAAAAAACUAAUCUGAACGUCUAAUUACAUUCGCUCGCCCACAAAAAUAGUGUUUUAGUGCAAAAGAUAGUCUAACGUCAGAUUUCAGAGGUCGGCAGCAAAACUGAUGAAGGAAUCCCCUUGUUGAGAUCAUUCCACCCAUCUAGGUCUUGUUACGAUAGGCCAACUUUUCUAUGAAUCAUUUCCUAGUUAGCACAAGACACUUUCCUAGUCUCAGAUGAAACGGAGUUCCUCGUUGAGCGUAUCGCAUGCUCCAAUUUCAGUUCGCCCGUCUGAACAUUUGCAAUUUGUCCGUUUUUGCAGUUCCGGAAGCUACGUGUCCCCUCCGUCCUCCGGCCCCGCCAGUUAUGCGGUCCCUCUUCCGUCGUACGCCCAGCCACCACCCCAAUAUGCUCAGCCGGCGGUUCCAGUUGCUCCUCAAUCGAAAUACCCGACGGCAGGAAAAUAA